AUGCCACCGUCUAGUCGCAAAGCGCAGCUGAACCUUUGGCGCGAGAUUGCGUCUAAACGUCACGAGGGGACUACGCCAGUGGAGCCACAUCUAGACUUCAUUCAAAGUCGUUUCGAGGAACUCGACUCAGAAGGUUUUAUUUGGUCCAAGGAUUCGAUCCUUGGUAUCUUCCUUCAACUCGGCCUACCAGAAGGCCCACAUAGCUCUUUCUCAUCGGUCAACGAGAUACUCCAAUCGCGCGCUCUUCUGGGAUCUGAAACUUCAUCUCAUGAAGUCAAAGAACUUAUUCAAACCGAAGAAUUACGACGCAGAUCCCAUCCUCGGGGUCUGAUGAAUUUACCUAUCGAGAUAUUUAACAAGAUACUCGAAGCACUUGAUGACUUGUCUAGGAAUGAAAGCUACGCACUCGCGUUUCAAAAGCGCAAAGGUAUCGCAGUGAUCUCGGGUUCAGGCAACAAGCAACCAUAUAAGACUUAUUUACCCCAAAAAUCGCCCAUCUUAAAUACAAUCCAAACCUUCUCACUUGCUUGUCCUGAAGUAUACCAACUUUGCCGACCAUGGUUGUGGCGAAAACUAGAAUUUCCUACUCGGCUUCCAGCACCGAUAGAUAUAUGGACCGAAGAUAUCAUCCUUAGACAAGGCUCAUUGGUCCGGUCUCUAACACUCCACCUUUCCCAAAACUGCAGUCAACCUGAUGGAGUUGUUGAUCGUGAUCCCUUUUACGACAAUCUUACUGUUGAUAUGGAACACGGUGAUCCAGAGAGAGUCUCCCCAAAGAAUGCAAAAAACCUAAUAAAUCGGUCCCCUAACCUCUCUGAGCUGAAAAUUGACUAUAUUCAUCGCAGACGCUCGGACGACUCACUCGGAGUCUCAGCUUUUCUAUCAGAGCUGGUUCCUCUCAUAACUAGUCUCAAACACCUCCGGCAGUUGUCAUUAAUUACAAAUUUCAUCAGAUCGGGAGCAAUGAUUAAAUCCCCAGCAAAACUCAUCCUUGGUCUACCCUUGCUUGAGUCGCUUCAAUGUGGUGGAAUGAUUCUGUCGUCAGAUCAAGGUGGACUCGGUGAUGGAUCCUUUGGUUUUGAACUGUCCAAACUCCAACAUCUAUCAACAUUACAUUUAACUGGCAUUAAAGGUAUUGACAAACACUGGUGUCUUUACAAUUGGCCAAAGACAAUCACCAACCUUACAGUUGACUGGUGUGAUAAUUUAUCACCAAGUUCAGCGCAUCAAAUUAUCCACCACAUUGCACCUCGUUUAAAAAAUCUUGGCCUCAGCUUCAAGCAAAGUGAUGACAGCUGGGAGAGCAAUACUGGCUGGAAUCCAGGACAUCUUUUUUCUCUUCCGUCUCUGACUGACUUGCAACUCCAUACCUGGAACCGUCACUUACUGGACAGCUUCCGAGACUGUGAAUCUCUAGGGUGUCUUGAAUGGACCUACAUAACAUUAGAAGAUUGCAGGACACUAAGUGGGAUCCUUUCUCGAGCUACUUGGCCUCAGCUCAAGAGACUGGUUGUAAAUCCUAGUCUUUUUUUCCCACGCGACGCUCCAGAUGCUCAAGAUCAAGCAAUUCGAGAUGAAUUGGACUCAAUGGAAGAUUAUUGCAAGCAAGCCAAUAUCGAAGCAUUCGUACACCAGCCUCUGCGUUACUCCAAUACGUUAUGA